AGCUAACCGGAACGGGGGCUAUCUCGACGACGAUGUCUACUUCGAAUGGACUAAGGCGGAUGCUACAUGACCUUGAAGGAGUAUAUAUCCAGAACCUGACCGGGAAGUCAGAACAUACGUGAUAAAGCAGUCCGUCCCGCAAUUAGUGCCUGUACCAAGUCGGAAUAUCCUCAGGAGUAGGUGGAAGCUUUGAUCCCAACCAUGAAUCCAUAGGGUUGUCUUCAAAUACGUUAUGGCUUCUUGUAUCGACGAAGCGACACAUGCUAGUCAGAUAGUAUAAACGUCCAUCACCAUUAUACACCCCCCACUAUCUGUGGCUAUGGAUAAAAGCAUAAAGCCCCAGCAAUCGGCUGAAAUGCCGAUAAUGCCUGAUGCCGUAGUCAACAUGCUUGAUCGGGGCGAGUCGUACAACACCAUUUAUCGUGUAACGGAGGCUAGUAGUAUGACGGAUGGGAUUUUGGAUAGAAGCUGUCUUGGGAAUUCAUUGCAAUUUCCAUUUCCAUUUUAUAUCUCCGGAGAUGCUGCGAUCACUCCUGUUGAAGACCCUGGGUCCAGACUUGUAUGACCCGGACGUCUCCUACAAGGCCAACUAGGAACGGGCCUUGCGAGGAGAUGGUCCAGGAGCCUACGUCGUCUUCGUCACUAUUCGAGGCCGAAAGGGCAGGUUCUUGUGCGUCAGGGAAAUCCAGGAAUUGAUUAACCAUCUACAGGAG